GCUAAACUUGCAUCCAAGGGUGGAGGAACGGCUAGUACCAAGGCUGCUUCGCAGAGCAAAGACUUAUGGUUUGCAGAGUACUACUUAUGCAGUUGCUAAAUGAGAGUUUGGUGAAGCAAAUCCAAGAUAGAUCGGGAUUUGACGACCACUUGUUCGGCUACAUGAAAGUAGGAGAAGUUGGAAUUAAAUGGACCAUCUUCGAUAGGAGGCUCUCCCCCAAAAAAAUUAUUUCAAGAUGGAUCUAGACUCCACCUGAGACUGAGAAUAGAGAAGGUCUGUAGUACGUCAACAAUUAAAUGACUACCUCUAAAUGAAGAAAAGAGAAGGUCUGUAGUAGUACCUCUAUCUCUAAAAUUCUCUGGCUCCGCUACGAGAAGGACAGACGAUUCUGACACGUGGAAGGAACGUGUCCGCUCCUUAGAGACCGAGCGUGAAGAAUUGAGCCGCGAGUUAGACCUGUUGACAAGUCGAGUGAAGGAUAAGGAGGCCGCUUUAGCUGAUGCGCAUCGCAGAUUAGGCAGGGCCGAGAGUGACUUGGCCGAAGAGCGCGAAAAGGGCGCCAAGCGCAUUGUGGAAGCUGCUGAUGCGCAAACAGAGUCCCUUCGCAAACAGUUGCAACAGGCGCAGCAGCAAGUCGCUGCCCUCGUCCUCGAAAAGAAUAAGCAGCAAAGACGCUCUUUUGAUUAUGAAACAGAUAGCCUAGGAGGAUAAUUGUUGAACGCAAAUUAUAUACAGCAUUUACGCUAGUAGCCACGAACGGCUACGCCAGGAAGACGCACUUGAUAUCUGAGAUUGAGUACUUGCGUCUAAGAAAUGUCCACCGUGUGUCACAUACCCAUUUCUGCACCCUCUAACCCGACACCGGAGACACCAAUAUUAUCACUGGCAGCAGUUCUGAGUUCGCGCCUCCUCAGCAUCCGUUUGGCGGCGAAAACCUGCAAGCCACGCUGGCCAACAAGCGAGAAAAUGGGGAGUCCGCUUCUCUUGCGAGACGACUGAAUGAAGCGACAGAAGAGGCGGAACGACUGCGCAAGCGAACACUUGAACUAGAGACCGAGUUAAAAGCGGCUCGUGAUGCGAAGCGCGCUUUAGAGGACGAAGUUCUCAAGAAACCGAACGUCGCUGAGCAGGCUGCACAAGAGCGUCUCGAUAAAGCGCUACGCGCAGAGGGCGAUUGGAAGCGGGAGAGGGAGGACCUAGUGGCGAAGGUAAAGUGGUACGCCGAAAGCCAACAAAUGAUGGAUGAAGAUCGAGCGAAAGUGAAAGUUAUGAUCGAUAUAGAACACUACAUUGCCGAUAAACUAGGUGUACUAGUCGGGACACCGGCAUGAACAACAUGAUGAACAUUUGAUUGACGUACUGAGCAUUUUCGCAAUUUUAGUCCUUUGGUGUGAAACGAAACCGAUUUGGUGUGAAACGAAGGCAUAACGGAGAUGAUCGAUUUUGACAGUCCAGCUUCUAAUAACGAACUGGAAGGUCAGCUUGACGCGCACAGGCGAGAGUUAAAGGCGCUGCGGCUGCGUCUCUUAACAGGAAAGAAGGCGGAUGUACGCGAAAAGGAACUCUUGAAGCAGAUUGAGGAAUUACAGGCAUUGCUCAAGAAAAAGCAUCCAGAUUCGAUCCUGAAUAUGCUGUUAAGAAAAAGUUGCUUUUGGUAGCUACAUCAACUGCACAACUACAUCAACUGCACUUGUCAAAAGUGCAGGUGCAAUUUGAUGUGGGGUGAAGAGUUAUCAACAUUAGUAGUAGAUAAGUUCUUGCCUGACCUUUCUUUUUUCGGUUUUUGUUUUUUCUAGUUAGAUAUGCUCCACCAACAACAUGGAAAUGAUCUUUAAAUCUUUGUCUUCCUUCUUCACCUUUUCAUUUUUUGGCGCAGUGGAUUUCGAGCAGACCGAAAAAGCGGAAACCCGCAAUGAGGAAGUCAGCUCGUUGCAGGAAGAAGUGGCGCGACUGAGGAAGGAAGUCGCCGAUAAGGAGUUGGACUUUGAUCGGCAGUUGCGAGCUUUCCGCGCCCAAUACGACAAACUCGUGUACGAGCAAGAAAGCGAGAAACUGAGGGAACGAUUGCUAGGGGGAUCAGCAGGACUUUCACCUGGAGGCUCGGGGAAAGCAGGAAAUAGCAAUGGGGGAGCCACAGCAGUUCUCUCAAGAGAAGCCACAAGAACCAGUGAGGGACAACAGAACCAACAGGGCCAACAGGAGGGUCGUCAAGAGGCAGUGCUGAAGGCCAGGGUCCGAGACCUGGAGAGACAGUUGGAGCACCAGAAAACCUACUAUUACGCAAACGAAAUGAUAGAAGUCGGUCUAUUGGCUACAAUUGGUGGCUUUAAAUCAAUUAUUUGAGUACGAGUACACCGUCUUUAUUUUCAAUUAUUCCUCCUUUCACGUUCACUUUUGCAGCAUCUGGGGGUCACUUUCGCAGCAUCCUCCGUUGCUUGUCCAAAUCAUUCAUGUUCAUCCACUCACUUCUAAUCCCCUCUAGGCAAACUGCGUUCCAAAGACCCUCUUGUUCCCUCCACGCUACCAAGAGCGAACGCAUCUACAGCGGGAGCGCCAGGUGCAAAGCGCGUGCAAGAGCAAGAGGAACGCAUCUCCUCACUCGAGCAUGAGAAAGCACAACUGGAAAUCCACAAUAGACAACUGCUGAUGCGUUUAAAAGAUGCCAGUGAAGGGACAACCUCUAGUAGUACAACGAAUAAAAGAGCACCCAUUGCUGGUUCUGGCACGACAGAGUCGUCAAGUGGAUACAAGGAAAGCCGUUACGACGUUGGACAGCCAGGCGUCGCAGACGUGGACUACAACCCUUAUCGCAGUGUCCGUUUUUCAGAAUAUGUUAAAGACAAAGGAGAAAACAAGAUGCAAAUAGCGCAAACCACGUCCCAACCCAGCAUGAUUAAGGCUCUCGUCACCAAUUCGCCUUGGGCUGCGUCUACUUUCCUGUUGUAAAAUGAUGUAUUAUUCCACUGGAUGAAUAGUAAAAAAAAUGAUGCAGGCAAAAGAUAUUACUUGAUGCUUCGUUUUUUUUUUUCCAGUAGAAAAGAGGGCAGAGAAAAACGCUCUCGUCCUGAACAGUCCACUCAUGCCGCAACCUCUAACAGUAGCACUACGAUGGAAUCAGGCGACUUCAUACAGUUUUCACCGUCUCUGCUGCGUGUGUUAUUUGCCCAGCCUUUCGGAUUAGUAGUAGGUGUCCUGGAGCGCGCGACGGUUGGACUCUUGUCAAGUGCUGGAUCAGGUAUGAUUUUUGACAGUAUCAUAGUACUUGUGCUACUGUAGCUAGUCAUAAUUUUAUCUCGUUUAUGCUAGUACGUAGAAGAUCAAGAUCUCCUCGUAAAUUAUUGGAUGGGUUGUCAAGCUUGCGUGUAGACCUAGCAAAGGCACCCUAUCCUAAUCCUAAUUGUCAACCUUGUAUGCUGUCAAAUUUCUUACGUGUUUAUUUAAGAAAAUCACGAUCAUCAGGCGCAUCCGCCAACUUGCAAAAGAAGUCCGUGUGUGCGUUUUUGCGGGGGAUGAUUGCUCGUCGUCAAGCUGACCUGCAUGCUAAUGGAACUCAGGCUUUACUCGCUGAUCUCGUAUAUCCAUCUCAAGACAUGCUAGCAUUAAGGUCAGCUUUCAUCCACCUUUCUCAGCAUCUCGAUACCCUUAUUUGGCUCUCCUUGUAUUCUUUCCAUGGGAACGAGAGAAGGGGUCGAGAUGAGGGGGCCGAGAUAAAUGAGGGCGAACGCUAAUAGAUCGGGCGAUCACCGCAGUGCAAGCCUCGGAUGGCAGCGCUCUCCGGAGUCUAAUCGACAACGCGAUCUUGCAGAAGUUUGCUGUUUCCAAGGGGAAUGAUUAGGAAAUUUAGACAUCAAGGGCAAGCAUUCGAGUAGUUCGAGCUGUAGGCAUUUAGGCAUCAAGGGCAAGGCAUUUAGACAUCAAGUAGUUCGAGCUGUAGUCCUCUCGUGUCUUCGUACACUGACUAACGCGCAUGUUUUACAUUAUGAGUUCUCAUCUAGCAAUCCCGGAGUCUAAUCGACAACGCUCUCUCUCUCUCUCCAGGGGGAAUGAUUAGGGCAUCUAGAAAUUCUCACCCAAUGAUCUUCGCUUUUUCUGAUGAUGCUUUCUUCUAAAGACAACACGGCGUCGAGCAGGCGCCACACGGAGGCGAGCUUAGCAUGGCGCUGUACCUCUUCUCGCUUCGCUGGCGUGAGAGCAAACUCUCCUCGUCCCAAAUUAUGAGAGUGGCUGUCUGUCCUGUCAUAGGGAUGGAUGAUCAUGAUGAGAUGAACGAUCUUCCCCUAAACCCUAACCCUAACCCCUAAACCCCAAGGGCCCGCUGCGCUGGGCAUGUAUUAGUAUUUAUAGUAUUAGCAAUUGGCGGAAAUCUCUUAAGGAGCUUCCUUAAGGAGCUCCCUUAAACCCAAACCCUAACCCGUAACCCUAAGCCACGUCUAACCCCUGGCGCGAAGUCGGAAGUGUGGGCGCACAAGUACUGACAGAUGAGUUGGGCAUAUUGGAGCAGGAUUUGAAGGUGCAUCACGGCCACCAAGGCUUGUCUCUGGAAUGGCAGGACUUGCUAGCCGCGGUUCAAAGAUGCGGCCCCUGGUCGCCAGAACUGAAACUGCUAUUGGCAGACUCGCAGGCUUAUGAACUGAGGUUUGCAAGAAUAUCUUUAGUGUUUCGAUUGAUGAACAAAUAGAAGUCGUGAAUAACUGACAGGAGUACUUGCAGCUCCCUGGUCUAUGAAGACCGAGAAAAACGCGUACAUUUUUUACCGAACUAGUCGUAAUGAUCUCUAUCUUCCUCUCUAAGAGCUCCUCUGUCCUUCGACGACGCGCAUUUUCUGGCCGAAGCUGAAAACGCUGCUUGUCUACGGCGCGCAAGGCGGAGAGGAGCAGCCCUCAGGCUUCCCAACGAGAGGCCUGGCGUCCUUCUGCUCAGUGCUCCACUCCCUGCGACGCCUCCGUAAUCGAGCAAUCUGGCAGAAGCUCUUGAAUUCAUUCCGAGCUGCGGACGCUGGCUGUUCAGGCGUGGUGUCGAAGCCGUUGUUUUUGCAAGUCUUACACGACCAUCUAGUACAAGAAGAGCCACCAGGAGCUGACUCAGCAGAACAAGGACAAGGUGGGAAGAGUUAAGGCAAAUUCAAGUAUCUUCUAUCCGGAUGAACGUCUCUGCAUCUCGUUUGCGGUAGAGCUCUUCCAACAUCAGAAAAAUAAAGUACCUAUAGUAUACUCUGUACCUCCCACAAGAUGUGCAGGCUCUUGAUGGUGUGUUUCAAGUAGACGGUAGAGCUUCAACCUACUUCGAAGAUGGAGAGCUAUUUCAAGAUAAUAUUGGAUUAUACGAUUAAUUAUAUGAUAUAUAAUAGCUCUACUAAAAGCAUUACGAUUUUUACUACGAUAAAAAGCUCUAAAACUAAAAGCAAGAAGCUGUCGUGUCGAAGAACAAGAGCAGCGGCGACUUACUCUCCGACGCUGAUCUACAGAUGCUGUCCCUGUUUUUCGAUCGCGCAGGAGAAGGCGUAGAUUGGAUGUUGCUGUUGCAGGACCUGGUGCAGCAAGGUUCGGGAGGUCAACAAGUUUGGCGCAACUUCUUCAACGAUGACCAGGGAGUGCUGUUAUGAAAUUUGAGACUCUAUGUAUAUUGUGAUAGAUGGAUCGGGUCGGCCAUAGCAGAGCACUGGACUUGGUGUUUAGAAGUGAACUUUAUUGGUAGGUCGCUAGAACGACAACGAUACGUGAGAAGAUGAUUGGCAACUGCUGAGAACGGCAUGAAAGAAAAGCAUUACAGGAUGAAAAAUUUGCUAUAUCAAUCAACAUUUGGAGUCCUAUUCGACUCAUUUUUUAGGCUGCGCCUUAGGGUUUGUAUGCUUGAUUUGGUGACCAAAUUCAUUGUUCUAAGACUGGGGACAGCUGAGGAGCAAGACGCAGUUGCCACAGCGCAGAAAACCGAGCAAAGGCGCAUGGAGAUUGAGGGAGAUCCGGUACGGGUUUUGUCUGAAUUUCGGUAGUUUUGUCCAGUUUUGUGCGCGGCAUUCUUUGCCAGUGCUUCUGCUGAGGCAAAGGUGGAGGCCCCAUUCUUCGCGCUAGGCGAUGGGGCGCGUGCCCUAGGGUGGUGCGGCGCUCGCGCUGCGGGUGGGGAGGCGUUGUGACUGCCGCGCGGCUGCUUGCUGUUUUCCAUUGCGGAACCUUGGCCCACCGGCGCGCCCAUCCUGUUCUUGGCCAGCUUCGUCACGAGCAUAAGGAGGGGCGGCAGCUCGGCUGUCUCCCGGGGGCAUAGGCGUACCGAUAUGAGAAAGAGGCGCGGGGGUCGGGCUGAUAGCUAGCCCAGAGAGAUGGCCGGCCGGGUUUUCGGUUGGAUUGCUGAUCAGUUGGCUCGGUGGGUAUGCCUCGCACUUACUACAAUUCCGCCUUUCCUGGGCAGAAACACUAACUGCGCCCCUUCGUUAUCGGCAUUGCCUCCUUGCAGAGUGAAGGGCCUCGCCUAUUCGCCGGGCGCGCUUCCUUGUUGCCGUUCAGUAGCGCCCUCUUUGCGAUCCAGAUUUGCUCGCCGGUUCGAGUGCGUUGCGGUCGUGUUCCUCCGCAGGAGUAGACCGCGCUGAUUCGAAAGCGGGCAGCUUGUGCGUGAGCCACGGGGGGCCAGCUAUCCACACGCGCAAGAGGUGGCUGAGGAUUUGCGUCGCACUUGGUUCAGGGCGGGCGGCGGCGCCUCGAAUCCCCAAGGGCUUGGCGCCGCUUGCUUCUUGCAGGGCGGGGACUCGGCCACGAUGUAAAUGCAGCCGCUGCGCAUUGGUGAGGGUGUUACGCUGACGGGCCUCGAGAAUCCGCGUGGGCGCGUGACUGGAUUGGGCUUGUUAUCUGAGUGAACGGGGUGCCCACUAGCGGCGCCAGCGGUCGGCUUUCUUUGUGGGUUGGCGCGCUCGGGUCUCAGCUGUUACGUGGAGCCAUGCGCGUGGUGCUGUGCAGAAACAUGCACAUUCGGGACUGCGCCCCAAAAUAGACGCCGAAGACGCUACGAAAGACGCAAAGCAGACCAACGCCAGGCACGGGCUUGAGGUCGGACGUUACCCCGUCAGUUCCGGCAAACCAGGCGAGCCGGCUAUGCUGCGCCGACGUUGUCUGACGGUGACGGGCGGCGCCGACGCUGCUGGUAGUUCUGUGGGGCUAAGCGCUCCGGGGUCGGUUUUUCCAUGUCUGUCGUCGCCGGGUCGUUCGGAGCAGGAGCGGCGUGGUAACAGAGGGAAAGGCUGGCGCUGGGUCUUUCUCCAAACGUUCCUGCCUUGCUGAAGCGAGUAACAGCGUGGCGCUCCACCCUUGCCAAAAAAUGACGCCGCCGGGACUCGAACCCCCGGCCCGUUCGCUCACGCCGCCAGGGUUUUUUUCUCUCCAGAUCUUCACUCUCCGCCAAAAUAUUUACUGAAAAAAGCGGAGGGGCCUGAGAGUCUGUCGCAGGCUAAGCCGGCGGGGGGAGAGGAAUCGGGUGGCGGCCAGCUCACCCCUGGCACGUUGGGCGUGCGCUGCGUGGUGAGCCCGCUCGGCGUGGUGAGCUUGCUCGGCUCGGUCUGCUGAGGUUGCUCGGCUUGUUUCUGGCAAGUUUGGUAGUUGAGGGCGAUAGCGUAGGCGUCUUAUCUGGCGUUGACACGUCGCGCGGAAAGUGCUGAGACGCAAACGCAUCACUUCACAGGAGGCGGCCACAGUUGUCGACUUUAGGCAAGCAGUGGAGGCGUUGCGUAGACCGGUAGCGCAUGGGCGGCACGCUGCCGGUAGACUUGUGGGAAGCAGCUGAGGGAAUCGCAGCCGUCGACUGCUUGCCGGGGGCGGCAGGCUGUAGGCUGGUGCCAACUUUGGGCAGGCCCAACAAGUAAACAGCAGGCCGCUAGAGCUGUCGCGGGGCCAGACGUAGCCCAACCGGGCGCGCUGAUUGUAGUGAUUUGGUAGCGUUUCGGUCAGUUUUUCCAUGCCUUCAGGUUUUCCAGUUUCGGGCUUGUUCCCACCAAUGCAAAGCAGCCGCGAAAAGGCUGGCAGCGCGCUCGAAAGGGCUACCCGCGUGCGUGAUUUUGCUGGCGCUGGAGCAUAUCAAGGCAGCGAAUACGCGACGCAAUUCCCCAGGGCGUGCUAAGCGCACACAUUGGAGGGCGGGCUUGCUUCAUUGGGCAAACAAAUCAGAGACAGCGGCACGAAAUAGCUCCGCGGAAACAAGGGCCGCCGCGCUGUGCUUCGUGUUCACGCUGUGGCGCUGUCUUUCGCGUCACAGUCUUGCGCCCCUCUUUUGAAACUGAAGCGCCACCGCCUUACAGGUGAACCAUUUGGCACGCGCUGGAGAAGUGGCGACCGCCUCAGAGUUGGCAGCGCCAGCGAACAACCCGCGCCGCGUCACUUGUGGGGCGCAGUUCUUGGCUGCGGUGGCUUCUGGUUUUGAUUGCGCUGGGCUGGUCCAGCUGCAGAAGCUAGCGACAGCCCUUGCUUACCUCUCACGACCUAGCCGCAACUUGGUGGCGUCUCUGAGCUGAGACACUACGAAAGCAGAAGGAAGAAGAGCAGCAAAGGCAUGCGCGUGACGCGCCUGGAAUGAGCGUCCGGGGCUCUCUCGCGGCGAGGUGGGGCAUUUGGAUGCCAUGCGUUUCGCUUGGCUACUGGUAUGCCGCAGGCCACCCAGUGCCUGCUGGGGGCGGAGCUUUCCUUUGCUUCUCGGAGGAGUUGGAGCGGCCAUUUUGGGGGGUCGGCAUUCAGUAGCCCAGUGGCGUGAUGCCUGACGCUGGUGCUUGGCUUCGCAAGCGGCUGCAGAUCUUCCAGAAGCUCCCUGGCGUUAUGUGGGGGCCGCCUUAGAUGGCUGCCCGCUCGUCUGUUUUCGGUGUAGAUUAAUUUUCCGGCUUCGAUAUGGCCCAGGCUUCACCACGAGUGGGCCCGCGGGUUUUCCUUACUGUGUCUCGCCCCGAGCAUUCGUUUUUUAGCGGUUCGCGUGCUUCUAAGCUCUUCGGUGGCAUAGUUCUCACGCUUGUCCCUGGGUUAUGUAUUAUGUAUUAUGUCUUUCUUGUUCGACUUCCCUGGGUGGCAGACGUUGACGGGAAGGAGUGCACUUCUAGACUUACAAUCGACUUUCUGACUUCCAAAAUAAUUAUGUCUGACGGGCCACUCGUGACGCCACACUGACUCACAGGUAUCGCCGAGUGAGAUUCUGUCUUUUGGACCACAAAACAUUUCUGGGCGUGGAAAGGCAGAAGUGGCGAGACUAAACCUCCUUUGUGGUGAAUUGCAGAGACAGAAGGAAACGCUUCAGCGCGAACUGGAUAUGAGCCGCAGUCGUGCGGACACACUGUCGCAACAGCUUUUACAUUCUUUAUGGGCCAGAUCUCGGACCACCCUCACAGCUUAAACAUCAGCGAAAUUCGUAGAACUCACAAGAGGCGCAGGAAAGUCGUAGGCCCACGCCGAACCGACUAGCAUCAUCAUAGGCCUGAUCUGAGAAUGGGAAACUCAUUAUACUGAAGGCUGUGUCGUCUAGGUCUAUUUACAAGUCCUUACUAGCUUUAGCUUAUCUAAUAAACGAAACGGCAUCUUCGGCAACUACUACUAGAUGUUCGCGGUGUCUCUCAUUCUUACAAAAUACUAGUCCUACCUCUAGACCGGUUUGGAAUUUCUAUCAUGAAGAUCAAUCUAUCAUGGAGAACUUCCUUAACAUACAUUUAGAGUUCUAUCUAUUGGACCAACCUGUCUAACUCUGGUUCGGCAAGGAGAACGCUCGCUGCCGCAGAAUUUACAGCAGAUAGCAGCGAACGUCACGUUGUUGGAGAAGAAUCUACUAGCUAGAUCCGAGAAGCUUCGAGAAGAAUUCGAAAAGAAUUAUGGGACGAAAUCGCUAACCUUAUCCUUAACCUACUCAAAGUUCGUGCAUAUAUAUUUUGAGCUUACUUAGUAGCGUUUGUAGUUGAUCAUGGAAGUAGAGUUAGAAACAUCAUCAAUUUGAGAUCGUAAUUACUCAUGUUCGCUGUAACCUUUGCUCGUUCUCAUCUGUCCCAUUCUAACCUCCAGAAAUCUCACUCGGAACCGAAUUGCGAAUCAAGACUCACGAAUUGACGCAAGUGCAGCAAUUGUUGCGCCAGAAGGAGAUGGCCUUGCUGGCUCAGCGUGAUGAAAUGGAUGUAAUUCUCAAAGAGAUGAACCAAUUGCGGUUGAAGCAGAUCACUGCUGGGUGAAAAGAGAUGAAUCAACUGCGGUUGAAGCAGAUCACUGCUGGGUGAAUGUUGAGGUUCAGGAGGCCGGAUAGUAGAUUUUCGGUGGAUAGUCUCUCCUUGGGGAGGUAGACUCCACCUCGAUAGACUGUAUCUUUUUGUAGUUACCGACCAUGAAGUAUUUUGAGGUGUUUAUUGGAAAUGUCUUGAACAAAGCAGGCACUGCCUUGUACGCAGAGGCUACUGGCAAGUGCAUAUGAUUGUCUACGUCGAUUGAAAGCGUUUGUCGAUCUGUUAUUCCAUAGUAUUUGAACUUGUUGCAGUUAGACUAUUUGUGAAUCACGAGUGUUUUUUAAGGGAGAACUGAAUCUAGAAUGAUAUUCAAAGGAAUUGGUGAUUAGUAUAGCGCCUGAUGUUACAGUAUACGGGAGUCACUGGUGCGAAAUUUUGGAGUUCUUACUGAUUGAUGUUGAUGUAAUGGCUGAAUUAUAAAGUGUAAUCGCGAUGGUUGAUUUUUGUAACAAUGAUUUUUGCAGGCAAAAGGCCUCUUGAAUCUUGGGAUGUUGGAACUUGAACCUAUUGUUGAAACAUCUUUGGAUGACUCUUACUGUGAGGCGAUGCAUACACAAUAGCUUUCUAUAAACGAAAGGUACAGGAGGGCUGAACGGCCUCGAACACGUUUGAAUAACGUCCUAAGAGGUAACAUGGCAUAGCGAGGUCUUGUAU